GUUCAACUUCACACUUCGUCCGGUACACAACUUCCUAUUUUUGUAAAAUUUUUGCCAACAUGUUUUUGCAGUUAUUUUUUAAUGAUCUUAACAAGUUUAGGUAUAUAGUUCUUAUAAACGUGAUUCCAAAUUUUACUGUGUCAAAACUAAAAUCUGAGUUAUUUAAAAGUGUCAAAAUUCCUGUUCAACGACAAGUAAUCAUGUUCCUCGGUCAGAUCCUUACAGACGACUUUCCUGUAGCCAAAGCCUUCAACCGGAAUAGAGCCGAUUUACAGGCCUUCGACGGCAAAGAGCUGGUUUGUCUUUUGCGUUUUCGCGACAAAAUGGAGUUUAAGGAGACUCUGUCGACCUCAUCUUCAACGAUGUAUCAGAAAAACGAAAAGCCUCAGGACGCUCAGUCCGAGUUCGUCGGUUUGGAAGACGGCUGCUCCUCAGCCUCAAGUUCUGCUUCAAGUAUCAGUGGCUCCGAAAUGUCAACCCCGACCCCGAGUUCGACCUGUGUUCGUUCCACCGUGAAUGAGCAAGGAUGCGGAGAUCCCUGCCAAAUCAAUUGCUGUGACCAGGGCGGAGAGGGUCGUCCUCCCUACGCCAGGGUCAUGCCAGAGGAUCGUCGUUACGGGGUCGUGAUCACCAACCAGUGCGACCCGUGCGACUGCAACGUUGUCUGCGUCCUGCAGCACCUUAUGGAAUCAUUCCACUCGGCGGUUGAUGUGGCCACACUCAGUUUCAGUGAGUGUACUCCUGCCGUGUCCUUUGACUGCUUCCUGCUGAUGGUGUCCAGGGACAGCGACACCAGCGACUGGCUCCUGCGUGCCAUGCGACCUAUGAACCCACCCUACCUGUGCACCACUUUUAUAAAGCACUUUGAGCUGGUCAGGUGUUCCUUCGUCAUCCCCAUGGUCGUCGAGCGAGAGCUGUGCCGCAUCUUCAACAUCAUGGAGAAGCAGAACUGCGGUCUGGAUCUGAGUAAAUGGUGCGUCGUUCGAAAGACUGCUCUUGACCCCUGCUCCGAGGACUAUGCACGGAAGGUACUCUUCGACGGGCACAUCAAUUACGAACUGGUAGUUUACAUGGACAACUGCUCGAAGGAUUACAUAGAGAACCAUUGUGGCAAAAUUUUGUACAUGUUUUGGCACCUACCCGUCGACUUUUCCACCGACCUGCCAUGCCAAUAGAGACGAUUGGAUUCAAAGGACACUAUGUAGUCGUAAUCAGAAUGUGCUGGUAGCUGAAAUCACUGGGGUUCCUCGCUUCUUCGCUAAGUCCAUUAAGGAGCACCCUUUGCCCUCGGCAAACUGGAGAUUUGCGCCAAAAUGAAUUCGAUCAACUAAGUCGAUAACCAAAAGCAACCGUUUUCAGAGCUUUUCGAAAUGGAGGAGGUGAAAGUAAUUGGACUGGCUCGAUCGUACGAUUGCAUUCGACAAAUGCUAUCUAUACAGUAUGUUUUCGAUUGCUGCGCGACGCGUAUUAUAUAGAUUUCAAUCCGUAUAUCUGGGUCAAACAAUCUGGAUUCUGGAGUUUCUCGCUUCUAUGCCAAAAAACCCUUUGCCAUUGGCAAACUGGAGACCCUAGCUAUACCAUCAGAGUCUUGAUCAAAAAAUACAAUCGACUAACCAGAUAGAUAAGUACAAGCAAUCGCUGUCUGAGCUUUUUCGAAAUGGCGGAGGUGAAAAGAGGGGCACGGUUGUCAAUGAAUGUUUAAAUAAAUUAAAAGUAAAUUGGUUUUUGCGCUUAGAACGCAGAACCUUU